GUCAUAUCGACGCAUGCGUCAUUCUAUUUCUGUAGGCACGAUUGUACCGGCGUUCGGUUUCUGCUUCUGAAAUUUUUAAACAAAUCUAUCCUAAAACAUAAUAUACUAUAAUGCCUGAAGAGAAAAUUCCAGUAGGUGAUCCAGUAAAAGGAGCAGCGAUCUUCAAGCAGAAAUGCACGCAGUGCCAUGUAAUAGACAACUCUGGCAAACACAAGCAAGGCCCCAAUCUCAAGGGCUUGUAUGGACGAAAGACUGGUCAAGCAGAGGGCUUCAGCUACACUGAUGCCAAUAAGAAUAAAGGCAUUGUAUGGACCGAAGAAACUUUAUGGGUAUAUUUAUUAAACCCCAAGAAAUAUAUACCAGGAACGAAAAUGGUCUUUGCUGGACUCAAAAAGAAGGGUGAAAGAGCAGAUUUGAUUGCAUAUUUGAAGGAGGAAACAUUAAAAUAAUGAAUGAAUUCUUGGUGAGAGAUGAGGGGAAGAAAUAGGAAUAUAGUGAACAUUUUUACAUUUGUAGUCACAUGACAUCAACAGAUACUUUGCAGCAAGAGUUUUAUUCAAUAAUUGCAUGUUCCUAUUUGUUGAAGUGUAAUUCGUAAAAAAUGUACUAUGUCGGUCCCCAUGGCGAUCAUUAAAUACUGGUAUAUAGCAUAGGAAAAGUCCACCUGUAAAUUUGUGUGUUUACUUAUAUUGUGCUGUUUUUCGGUGAACUUCAGUACAAGGAAUUACAUUUAAUAUAAUGAAGAGAAAUGCAAUAUGAAUUGUAGGUAUGGAAUUUGUGAGUGCUAUAUUAAGACCGAUGUUUAGUCUACAAUUUUGAGAGUGUGUCUACUAGGAUGCUGUGUAUAUUGAUAAUUCUAACGUUAUUUGUCAAAUAUAAUGUAAUAAAAAUUCAUUCAAAUUGUUUGUCUUGCUGUACAGUAUGCCUGGAUCUUGCUGGCUGCAUUGUGGCAAUAUUGAAGUAUGUAUGAUUGUUGAUUUUUUUCUUUUCUCUUGAUUUCACCUCAUUGGAUUGUUGUUAUGAAUAUAAAGUUUAAUAAAUGAGUUAAAAUUAUA